UGUGACACAAACAUACUGUAGGCCUAUGUAUUCAACAGUAUUUGAAGUAAGAGAGAGCACCAGUAGUUUGAGUGUUGGAAGCGAUAUAUAAUAUAUUGAAUGCUUAAGUAAUACCCAACUAAUGCCACGUUUGCCAUACAUUGCCAUACAGUAGAUAUUAGAGAGAGUUUGUAGUUAUAGUGAGAGAGAGAGUCAAUUGAAUAUAACAUUCAAAGCAGUCAUACAAUUGUCGCACAUUUAAAGCGCCGGUCGUUAACAACACAUCACUGACAUCGACAACACUGAAGACAUGAAUCGAUUUGUCUUUCUAUCACUACUGUUGAUCGGCUUCUCCACCGCCGAUGACAUCAAACGCGAAGAAAAUGUUUUAGUUUUAAAUAAAGACAAUUUCGACGAUGCAAUCAAAAACCAAUUCAUUUUAGUCGAGUUCUACGCCCCGUGGUGUGGUCACUGCAAAGCAUUAGCUCCCGAGUAUGCAAAGGCCGCCACACAACUACAAGAAGAAGGCUCUGAGAUUCUGUUGGGUAAAGUCGAUGCAACAGAAGAGUCAGAAUUAGCCGAAAAAUUUGAAGUCAGAGGUUACCCAACUCUCAAGUUUUUCCGAAACGGUAAGCCUUCUGAAUACGGUGGCGGACGUACUGCUGAAGACUUAGUGAAAUGGUUGAAGAAGAAGACCGGACCGCCAGCUGUGGAAUUAACGAGUGAAGAACAAGCAAAGAAAUUCAAGGACAGCGCUUCAGUUGUUGUCGUCGGCUUAUUCUCAGACAAAGAUAGUGCUGACGCCAAGACAUUCCUCGAAGUUGCCGCUGAUAAUGACGAACAUCCAUUUGGUAUUGUCACCGAUAAAUCAAUUUACGCUGCUUUAGGAGAAGACAAUGACGGUAUUGUUUUGUACAAAAAUUUUGAUGAAAAACGUAAUCAAUUAGAAGGAGAAGUGACUUCUGCUCUCAUUAAGAAGUUUGUCUCAUCAAAUAGUCUGCCAUUAGUUGUUGAUUUCAGUCAUGAGACCGCACAAAAGAUAUUUGGCGGCGAAAUCAAAGCACACAAUCUGUUGUUUAUCAGUCGUAAGAGUUCUGAUUAUGAAUCGACUGUCGAGUCUUUCAAAAAUGUAGCCAAAGAAUUCAAAAGCAAAGUUCUUUUUGUGACUAUUAAUACCGAUGAAGAAGAUCACGAAAGAAUUAUGGAAUUCUUUGGACUUAAAAAGGACGAAACGCCAUCACUGAGACUCAUUAAACUUGAAGAAGAGAUGACUAAAUUCAAGCCCCCAACUGAUGAUUUGUCAGAGAAGAACAUUAAAGAAUUUGUUGAGGGAGUCCUCAGCGGUAAAGUCAAGCAACACCUUUUGUCACAAGUACUGCCCGAAGAUUGGGACAAAAAUCCUGUGAAGGUAUUGGUGAGCACUAACUUCGAUGAAGUGGCCUUUGAUAAGUCCAAAGACGUUUUGGUCGAGUUUUACGCGCCGUGGUGCGGACAUUGCAAACAACUUGUUCCAAUCUAUGACCAAUUGGCCGAAAACUUUAAAGACUCGGCCACUGUUCUCAUUGCAAAAUUGGAUUCCACGGCCAAUGAGUUGGAGCACACAAAGAUCAAUAGCUUCCCGACCAUCAAAUUGUUCAAACGGGACACAAAUGAGGUAAUAGAAUAUAACGGCGAGAGAACUCUCGAGGGUUUGACUAAAUUUAUAGAGACUGACGGCGAUUACGGUCGCGCGGCACCCGAUCAGGAAGUGGAUGAGGAAGAGGAGGAAGACAAAGCCGACUCUGCGAAGGAUGAGCUCUAAUAUAGUCUUUCAUAUAAUUAAACUAAUUUGUUAUCAAUUUGUUUCAUUUAAUUAUUAUAUCAUAUAAAAAAUUUGGGCAUUUUUUAGAAGUACAGUAAAUUUGUAAUUUUUUGGUAAAAAAAACUUAUGUUUAAUACAACUAC